UCUGCAUCCAUCUAACUAUUCUUCUUUUUUUCGUGUUAUCAUAACUUCUAAUAUUUUUUAGGAGUUCUUGCAAUAACCGAGUCAUCUGUAACCUGCUUUCUAAGCCAACAACCGAACCAGCCUCUGUCCUGUUCCACAUUCAAAUGUUGUGGCACUUUAAAUUUUGGUGCCUACUGGAUGCGCACGACGUGCGUACCUGACUGUCCCGCGUUUAUAAUUGUCGUAAAACAUACCACACGGACAACAUACAGGAGCAUCAAAGAAACUAAGUACCCACGAAGUUCUCUAUUUGAGAUGAAAAUUCGUUUCAGCAAAAGAGCACAUGGUGGAGUGAUGGAGGCCAAGGAAGGUAAAGAAGAAGUACAAAUUGUGGAAGAUGCGAUUGCGAAUGAGGGCCUACAACAAGAUGUGGAUGAGGUCCCUGUUGGCCCAAAGAGAAAGAAGACAGUCAAACAUUCCCCGAGGAAAUUAUUGACCACAACGGAUGGAAUCAUCCGCCGCUACAAGAAUGCCCUUAAGAGAUUCACCAAGUUUGGAUCCAUGAAAAAGGCCUUCACCAAGAUUAAUGUUGACCGCAACACAAUUGCAAGAACAGCUAUAAUUGCUGAGCUAGCAAUCACAUAUCCUGAUACAUUUCAGGAGCUGCUCCCUACAGAUGAAGUCAAUGAGAAGAUCUCAGAGUUUGCAGAGCGCUGCAAGAGGGCUAUGACAAAAGAGAUGGCUGAAACGAUCACAGCAAAGAAAAAAACUCCUCCCAAUAAUGUACAAGUACACCUAUUUUUUUUUCUUCUCCUAAACAAUGGCAGGGACACAGACCGCAUUGACGGAUCGGCGAGCAGCACAGGCAGCGAUUCUGAGCCAAGCAGGAAGACAAGAGACGGACCCCUCAUGCUGAUUUAUGAUGUUCAGAAGCAGAACACCAGUAGAGAGGUCGGUCAGAUGGCGCACGGGUCAGAGUCUGAGCUGGCCAUAUUACAGAGUCAGCUCUUUUGA